AUGCAAGCACAAUUCCCGAAACUGGAUCCCACCGCUUCCCAACUAAUCACACGUGCUCCUUAUCACACUCUUUUUAUACUUAUAUCCACUCGAUUUCCCUUCCUAUCUAAUCCUCAUCCCACCGAGCUCCGCCCAUGGCCGUUGUCCGCAACCGCCGCCCCCUCAACCUCCGCCUUCCCCUCCCUCUCCCAGACUCCUCCGAUCGCCACCCUCCGCGAGGUCUCCAUCCUCCGCCGCACGGACUCCCCCCACGUCAUCCGGUGCCACGGCGUCUUCGAUCUCCCCGGCGGCGACAUCGCCAUCUGUAUGGAGUACAUGGAUGCCGGCACCCUCGACACCCUCCUCAAAGAGAAAAGCGUCGUCUUCACAGAGCGCCUCCUCUCCCAGAUCUGCCGACAGGUGCUCGGCGGCCUCGAGUACCUCCACGCUCACAAGAUCAUCCACCGCGACCUCAAGCCCUCCAACAUACUCGUCAAUCGGGCGAUGGAGGUCAAGAUUUCGGAUUUCGGGGUGAGUAAAGUUAUGCAGAGGACCCUAGACCCCUGCAAUUCGUACGUGGGCACCUGCGCUUACAUGAGCCCGGAGCGGUUCGACCCGGAUACUUACGGAUCGAGCUACGACGGGUACGCCGGGGACAUCUGGAGCCUCGGCCUGACCCUGCUAGAGCUGUACGUGGGUCAUUUCCCGUACUUGGAGCCAGGUCAGAGGCCGGACUGGGCAACACUAAUGUGCGCUAUCUGCUUUGGGGAGCCGCCGAGCUUGCCGGAGGGCACGUCCGAAGAUUUCAGAAGCUUUAUUGAGUGCUGUCUGCAGAAGGACUCCAGUAAAAGGUGGAGCGCCAAGCAGCUGCUGACGCAUCCUUUUGUUAGAGGUGUUGAGCCGAAAUGA